AAUGCGCAGUCGCUUGUCCACCACAAUGCAUAUUCCUGUCCUAUCAACCUUAGCCGUAGCAUGGCUCGUGGGCCAAGCUUCGGCUAUUGAUCUGACCGUGUCCAAGACUGGUGGCAACUCCUCCAGUUCUUUACUCUACGGAAUUAUGUUUGAGGAUAUCAAUAAUUCCGGGGAUGGUGGAAUACAUGGGCAGGUGCUCCGUAAUAGUGGCUUCCAAGGCACCAGCCCCGGCCUGACAGCGUAUGCUGCAGUGGGAAAUGUCUCUAUAGCCCAGGAUAAUUCCAAUCCUGUGAGCAGUGCUAUCACAUCCUCUCUCAAAGUUACUGUGCCCUCAGGAGCCACCGGCUUUGUGGGAUUUGCCAAUACAGGAUACAAUGGUGUCCCAGUACUGGCAACCACAUACAAAAACUCGUUCUACAUAAAAGGAGCCUACUCAGGGACAGUCAACCUUCGACUGGUGGGUACUUCGAGCGGGAUUGUCUAUGCAGACCACAACAUCACCGUGAAGAGUAGUGCCGACAAGUUCACCUCCCACGAAACUAGCUUCAAAUCCACCCAGUCUACCGAUGCAAACAAUGAGUGGCAACUGCGGUUCGAUGCGUCCAAAGUUGUCGGAAAGUCUCUCAACUUUGGUUUGGUGCAGCUGUUCCCACCCACAUACAAGUCGCGACCAAACGGUCUACGAAAUGAUGUCGCUAGCUUUCUGGCGGAGAUCAAACCGUCCUUUCUGCGCUUCCCAGGCGGUAAUAACCUUGAAGGCGCCAGCCCGAGCAAUCGGUGGAAGUGGAAUGAAACAAUCGGGGCUGUCGUCGAUCGGCCUGGUCGCCAGGGUGAUUGGACCUAUGCAAACACUGACGCACUCGGCCUCGACGAAUAUCUUUAUUGGUGCGAGGAUAUGGAGAUGGAGCCUGUUCUUGCCGUCUGGGCUGGUCUCUCUCUUGGAGGGGGGAUUGUGUCCGGGUCAGCUCUGGGGCCGUAUAUUGAGGAUAUUCUGAACGAACUUGAGUACGUCCUUGGUUCGACAGCUACGAUAUACGGGGCACUUCGGGCCAAGAACGGCCGCGCUGAACCCUGGCCAGUCAAAUACAUCGAGGUCGGUAAUGAGGACAAUAUCAGCGGCGGAUGUAGCACGUAUGCCAGUCGGUUCACAGCAAUAUACGAUGCGAUUCAUGCCCAGUACCCAGAGUUGACCAUCAUCGCCUCAACGACAUCCAGCUCUUGUCUGCCGUCGACAUUGCCAGCUGGAGUCAUCACUGACAUCCACCACUACCUCUCCCCGGACGCUUUUGUCGCGCUGUUCGAUGAAUUUGACAAUUGGUCCCGAGAUCAUCCAAUUCUAGUUGGGGAAUAUGCCAGCACGAAGGGUAAUGAUGGAAGUACCACCUACUGGAGUUACAUGCAAGGUAGUUGUGCCGAAGCUGUGUAUAUGAUUGGCCUGGAGCGCAACAGCGACAUUAUCAAAAUGGCCAGCUUUGCACCCCUUCUCGAACAUUUUGACAUGGCUGAGUGGUCGCCCGAUCUCUUCGGUCUUGAUUCCAGUCCUGACUCUAUCACCGGCUCAACUUCGUUCUACGUGCAGCAAUUGUUCUCUACGAACCGGGGAACGACCAUUCUCGCUGUUACGACCUCUGCGCAAUUUGGGCCUGUCUAUUGGGUGGCUUCUGUUUCUGAUAAAAAGGUCUACUAUGUGAAAUUGGCAAAUUAUGGCGCAGCCGCACAGAACGUGACAGUCAGCAUUGCAGGCGCCAGUCAGGGCACGCUGCAGCUACUGUCUGGGGGCGAGCAUGUGAGUAACUAUCCUCACAAUGUGUCGAUUACUCCUGUCACGUCGCAUGUUUCAGGGAAGGGGAGCUUCGCGGUGAACUUACCAGCGUGGGCGGUUGCUGUUCUUGCUGUGUCCUGAGCCAUCGACUCAGUCGAUCAGGAUAUAUAGGUAGUCAAAGAGACUAAAGAACUUGCGUACGCAAGCAGCAAGUGGGGAUCAAUGAUGUUACUCGUGAUAUGUAGAUCCGGAGUUUCUGUACCGCACUGGCGGUUAAUGGCGGCUAGCUUUGCCAUGGAGACUUGGUUCAGUUCAGCAAGGG